AUGAAAGCAAAUGAGAAACAAGCUGCCUGCAGGCUCAAACCACCAGUUCAAUUAUACCGCGACGGUUAUGAUACCGGUGAGAGAUUCAUCGUUGAGCAAUUGAAUCAAAGUGAUAUAUUCGCCUUCAAAGUUAAACGUCAAUCAACAAACGCUGUUGUAUGGGAUACAUCUAUUGGUGAGCAUUCUGAACGAGGCUUUCAUCUGCUCAUUUGA